AUGUGCUGUUGUUGUUCAUGUUGCACAGUUUCGGACCUUAUCCUCUAUGUUGUAGCGUUUUUCAUUCCACCUGUCGGUGUGCUACUGAGAAGCGGAUGCUGUUCAUCCGACCUACUUCUCAACGUGUUGCUGACGAUGCUGGGUGUGGUCCCGGGAAUGAUUCACGCUUUUUACUACAUUACCGUGACAAGUCCGUUGAGAAGGGAGGAAUCACGGUAUUACUACCAAAGUGGCUGGGAAGAUGGCCGUCGCACAAAUCAAAGAAAUUUUGGAUCGCAGCAAACGCAGCAAACGCAGCAAACGCAGCAACCACAUGAUGGCAUUGUGAGGUCCGAACCGUCUGCGGAAACGCCGCUGAUAGCUCACACAGGUAAGAAAGGUGGCCCCCCUGACGAUAGCUCGCCACCACCAUACACGGAAUCGGAAUCGGUAUGA